AGAGAGGCGAGAGAGAAGGAAGGAAAGAGAAGAAACCCCGACAAAGUCCUUGGAGUAUGAACAGACUCACAUUUGCGGUUCUCCUGUUGGCCCUGGGGUUUCUUGUGUGCGAAGGAGGUAACCCAUGUUGCUCAGAGCCAUGCCAGAACAGGGGUGUUUGCACAGCACUGGGAACAGAUAAUUAUGAGUGUGACUGCACUCGCACAGGAUAUCAUGGACAAAACUGCACAACACCUGAGUUCCUCACCUGGAUCAAAAUGUCCCUGAAGCCAUCGCCAAACACCAUCCACUACCUUCUCACCCACUUCAAGGGCUUCUGGAACAUCAUCAACAACAUCUCAUUUCUCCGGGAUGCCAUCAUGAGAUAUGUGCUGACAUCCCGAUCCCACAUGAUUGAUAGUCCUCCAACCUACAAUGCAGAUUAUGGUUACAAAAACUGGGAAGCUUAUUCCAACCUUUCUUACUAUACGCGCACCCUCCCCCCUGUGCCAGAGGAUUGCCCAACCCCCAUGGGAGUAGUAGGUAAAAAGGAGCUACCUGAUGCAAAACUUUUGGCUGAGAAGCUCCUGAUGAGGAGGCAGUUCAUCCCGGACCCUCAGGGCACCAGUCUGAUGUUUGCGUUCUUCGCGCAGCAUUUCACCCACCAGUUCUUCAAAUCUGAUAUGAAGAAAGGACCUGCUUUUACCCAGGCCAAAGGUCAUGGGGUGGAUCUCAACCACAUUUAUGGAGACAACCUGGAGAGGCAACACAAGCUCAGACUCUUCAAGGACGGCAAGCUUAAACAUCAGAUCCUGGAUGGAGAGAUGUACCCCCCAACAGUAAAGGAAGUGGGUGUCGACAUGCACUACCCUCCUCAUGUCCCCGACUCUCACCGCUUCGCUGUGGGCCACGAGGCAUUCGGCCUGGUCCCUGGUCUGAUGAUGUACGCCACCAUUUGGCUGCGGGAACACAACCGGGUGUGUGAUGUGUUGAAGGAGGUACACCCCGACUGGGAUGACGAAAGACUCUUCCAGACCACACGGCUCAUCCUGAUUGGUGAGACCAUCAAGAUUGUGAUCGAGGACUACGUGCAGCACCUGAGUGGCUAUCACUUCAAGCUCAAGUUUGACCCUGAGCUGCUCUUCAACCAGCGUUUCCAGUACCAGAACCGCAUUGCUUCAGAAUUCAACACCCUGUACCACUGGCACCCGCUGAUGCCUGAUACUUUCCACAUUGAGGAGAAAGAUUACAACUACAAACAGUUUGUCUUCAACACCUCUGUAGUGACUGAGCAUGGCAUCGGCAACCUGGUGGAGUCAUUUACCAACCAGAUUGCUGGACGGGUUGCUGGUGGCCGUAAUGUCCCUGGACCUAUCAUGUACGUGGCCAUUAAGUCCAUAGAAAACAGCAGACAAAUGCGUUACCAGUCUCUGAAUGCCUACAGGAAACGGUUCAACAUGAAGCCCUACAGCUCUUUUGAGGACAUGACAGGAGAGAAAGAAAUGGCCGCACUGCUGGAGGAGAUGUACGGACAUGUCGACGCUGUGGAGCUCUACCCAGGCCUGCUGGUGGAAAAACCCAGGGCUAAUGCCAUCUUUGGGGAGACCAUGGUGGAGAUGGGAGCCCCUUUCUCCCUCAAGGGCUUAAUGGGAAACCCCAUCUGCUCCCCGGAGUACUGGAAGCCCAGCACCUUCGGAGGCAGCGCGGGCUUUGACAUCAUCAACACUGCCUCCCUGCAGAGGCUCGUCUGCAAUAACGUGCGGGGUCCAUGUCCCGUGGCAUCCUUUCAUGUGCCCAACAUCAAAGAGACGGGAUCCAUGAUCAUCAACUCAAGCACGUCCCACUCAGGCGGCAGUGACAUAAACCCUACAGUCAUUUUGAAAGAAAGGACUACUGAGCUCUAAUUUUGUAUUUCAUUUGGUUAUUUUUUAAUAUAUAUAUAUAUAUCU